CCACGCAGUAGACCGUCAGUGCACGUUGGCUCAUCACGUCGGUUACGUUGUUUUCGUUCCAUUAGUUUUGAAUUUGACAGUUAACGUCGCAAUUUUCGAGUUACGACUUCACCUUUCUUAUUUAGUAUUAUAUUUCGCGUGAAACAUUGCCUUGCAGCCUCAUUUUCUGCUCAUAUAUUUGUUCGAAUUGAGUAUUGAACAGAUCGAUUGGUCGUAUAUCGCAAAAUCGAUAUCGUAAAGGUUAAUAACAAGAGAUCGAAGGGUGAAACGAUUACAAUGCCGGCAGACGCGGAGCUCAGUAAUCUGCUUAGCAGGAGGCAAAGGAUCAACGACGAGCUUGAGGAAGGAAAAGAUGUGAAAAAGCAAUACAAAUUCGUGAACGUUUAUACCGAAUUCCACGAGUUAUCCCGUCGUGAGAUCAAGCAGUAUGAACAGACUUUCAACAGAUUCGAUGACGGUCACGACGGAUUUCUCGAUUUAUCCGAGCUGAAACGCAUGAUGGAGGUUUUGGGAGCACCGCAGACCCAUCUUGGUUUGAAAGCGAUGAUACAGGAAGUAGACGAGGAUGGCGAUGGACGCAUUUCCUUCCGUGAGUUUCUAUUGAUCUAUCGUAAAGCACGAGCUGGUGAAUUAGAACAAGAUUCUGGAUUGGGGCAGCUUGCACGUCUUACAGAAGUCGAUGUGGAUGAAGUAGGAGUAACAGGAGCUAAACAUUUCUUUGAGGCUAAAAUCGAGCAACUACGGAAGGCGAGCAAAUUCGAAGAUGAGAUCCGCAUGGAACAGGAAGAACGAAAGCGAGAAGAGGAGGAGAAGGCAGAAAGACGAGCGCAAUUCAGACAGAAAGCAGCUUUAUUUGGCAAUUGAAAGUAAAAUAUGCGAAUCGAAAGUGUUGAGCUCGUUCUCUGUACUUUAGCGAAAUUACAAACGAAUUUUUUUAAUUCGA